AAGUCACCAGACCCUUGGGCAACUAAGUUCAUCUUCCUUUUCUCCCUACUAGCUCUCUUCUUCAGUCUUCUUCUCCCAAACAGAACUGGAGUUCAUCAAGGUUCUCAUCCUGAAACUGGAGCCCACAAGCACGCAAAGAAAGAAGAGCAAGAAGACUGGCUCCCAGCCGAUACAAGGUAGGAGUGAGCAGCGUUAGGGUACUGUGGUUAUAUCUCAGGGUUGAUAUGGUGACAGUAAGAGAAGAGACACGCAAAGGGCCGUGGACAGAGCAGGAGGACCUGCAACUGGUAUGCACUGUCCGUUUGUUCGGUGAACGUCGUUGGGAUUUCGUUGCCAAAGUAUCAGGUUUGAGGGGUGGGGGAUCCAAAAAUUAGGCCUCAACCGCACAGGAAAGAGCUGCCGUCUCCGAUGGGUCAAUUACCUCCACCCUGGACUUAAGCGUGGACGCAUGACUCCCCAUGAAGAACGCCUCAUCCUCGAGCUCCAUGCUCGAUGGGGAAACAGGUGGUCCAGGAUAGCACGGAGGUUGCCAGGGCGUACUGACAAUGAGAUCAAGAACUACUGGAGGACACACAUGAGGAAGAAAGCACAGGAGAGAAAGAAGAACAUGUCGCCCUCGUCAUCUUCAUCUUCACUGACAUACCAAUCCUGCCAUCCAGAGACGCCAUCAAUCCUUGGAAUAGAUGAACAGGAGCUCCAUGGUGGCAGUAGCUGCAUCACAAGCAUCCUGAAGGGUAUGCCUGCUGACAUGGAUGGAUACCUCAUGGAUCAGAUAUGGAUGGAAAUCGAGGCACCAUCAGCACCAAGCUUUCAUAAUGGGAAGGAUAGUGCAUACAGCAGCCCCUCUGGCCCUCUGCUACCAUCUCCGUUGUGGGAUCACUACUGCCCUGAAGAACACUUGAAGAUGGAUGAUGAGAUAAAGAUGGCCCCGCAAUUUGGUUAUAGUAAAGGAAUGGGUCCGUGCUAUUGAAGCUAUAUAUUGGGUGAUCACUAAGUUACUUGCUACCUAGCAGAAGUGAAAUGCUUUUGUAGAAAAGACAAUUAGCAUGGAUCUAAAAAAUAUAUAUCUAGCAAGCUUUGCAGGUGUGCGCAUGUUUUAUAUAUCUAUGUACUGUGUAGUAGUAUCUAGUGUGCAAGACAGCUUAUGUCAACUUGGCCCUUGACAUAUGCAAUGCAGGGGCACUUUCACACUGUAUUCGAAAUCAGCUCAAUAUAAUCAGCUAUCUCUUGUGAAA